GAAACAAUUCACCAGCAUGUCAACUUCACCAUACACAACAAUAUCAGCAUGGUGUUUUACAAAGAUGCAAACUUCAGGGAGAUUAUUUCUGGUAACCCACUACAUGCCCAUGUUGGAGAUCAAGUCUAUGCUAAGGUGUACACCACUGUACCGGAUUGGAACAUUAAACUGCGUUUGCACACUUGCUACAUUAAACCUCCACAGACCUCAGAUUCGUCUAUGGACUUCUUCCUCAUUAAAGAUGGAUGUGAGACAGACACCAACACACACAUCAUCUCCCAAUCAGCCCACGAAACGACAUUCGUAUUCCAGGACUUUGAAUAUUCAACUAACCGCGAAGGACUUGACAUUCUUUGCAAUGCUACAUUUUGCGAAACUACUGACUAUUCACCAAAGUGUACUCAAAGAUGUCAUUCCAACCCGAUUGUUAUGGGGUGA